UUUUUAUUUAUUUUUCGGCAAGUCUCUCUAGUAGAGAGAACAGCCUGUCCAUCCUCUCCUCUGCCUCUCUCUGCAACCUCAUGUCUUCCUUCAGUUGCUGAAGCAGCUCAUCCUCUCUGUCACUCUUCCUCUUUCUCUUUCUCGGCUGGCUCUCCUCCUCCUCUUCCUCCUCCUGGUCACCCACUGCAGUACUUGGCCCUGGUGUGUCUUCAGGGAUAGAGGCAAGUUCUCGGCUGGCUCUCCUCCUCCUCCUCUUCCUCCUCCUGGUCACCCACUGCAGCAUUUGGCCCUGGUGUGUCUUCAGGGAUAGAGGCAAUUACGACAGGUGGGGUGGUGGAAUGCCUCUGUCCCAACAUCUCAUCCAUGAGGACAAACCAGGGCCAAAUUGCAGCAGUGGGCUUUCCCCCUACACCCUCUCCUGACUCUGGACACUUGCAAUCCUAAGGCACAGGAAAUAAAUCAUGUGUUUGACGAUGGCAUUACUGAAGACGUGGUGCCUCCUGCCCCUCGCUGCUCUCCUCCUUCUAUUUAACGUUCCUUCAUCAGCUGAAGUGGUGAGGUCGAUGUCAGACUGUGCAGAGUUUCUUCUUCUAAACAAGACACCAGAAGUCCCAGGAAUCUUGGAGGGAGGGAACAUCCUGGACCAGAACAGAUAUAAACCCAUUUGCCAGACUUGGAGAAACACAAAACGUUUUUUGAUGCUCUACGACACCAUAAACAAGAUCCCAGUGUUUUCUGCUAACAAGUACAGAGGAGAUGGUGUCAGGAGGAGACCCACAGGGAAAGGUCUUUGGAAGAAAGAACCACAGCUUGAGAACAACAACAAGAUCAUGACGCCAGCAGAAAUGUACAGCCACCAGCCUGUGAACACUGAUUACAGAAACAUUCGGUCAGUCGAAAGAGGGGAUUUAUUUCCAAGCUCUUAUGCAUUUCCGGUAAAUAAGAAGAUAUCUACCUUUGCCCUGACCAACAUUGUUCCACAAAAAAAGAUAUUCAACAAGAGAAGCUGGAGCAGAAUGGAGAAGUGCAUGAAAUGUGUACUGGAUAAAUACUGCAUCAACAACGACAACUUUCCUGAAGGCUUUGUGGUAAACGGAGCACAGCCCAGCACCAACAACUUGCUCAACAACAAGGUUAAUAUUCCCUCCAUGCUCUGGUCAGCAUUCUGCUGCUACAGUCACAGUGAGAAUAAGUGGCUAGCCAGUGCAUACUGGGGCGAAAACACUAAAGAUAGUUAUACUUAUACUGAGACCUUGGCAGAGCUCCACAGUAAACUGAGCAGAGAAAACACUUCAGGAUUUGAAGUUUUUCCUGGAACACAAUGUCCUCUCAACACCACAGUCAUUCAGUUAUACCCAAACCUAAAGAAAGAUUGCAAAUGCCCACCACCCAUUUCAUCUGCCCCUAACGUUACCACAUCUGACCAACUUUCUACCAUAUCUGCCUGCAUCAGAUCCUCCUGCACUUCAGAGCCAUUGAGAAUGCGUCAUUUUAUUAAUGUGAGGGGCAAAAAGUGUGUGAGUGUGUUGUGUCUCUCAAGAACGUAUGGUAUCUCAGUAUAUGUUUUGAGAAAAAGUGGUUGUUCAAAAGAAUUUCUUCCAAGAAAACAUAGGCAUAUCUGCUGUACUUAAUAUGGUAAGACUUUAGCAGCUUUCAGUUUGCAAAUGGUAUCUUUAUCCAACAAAAUUCUCAGCUCACAAGCUUGUCCUUCACAAACAACUGUCUCAGUCCACUAUUUAGUGAGUCGAACUGAAUGGCCUGCCGUAUUUCAGUUUAGUGAAACAUUUUCUUGCCUUGUCUUUUUUUAGGCUUUAUUCUGAGCUGUUUUGUAAUUGAGAUUCUUUAUAUAGCUUAACAUAGUGUGCAUGAUUUAAUUCAAUUAAUUAAUUAACUUUAUUUUACCUCUUAUUUUUACCUCUUUGAUGUGUGCUUGAAUGUUCUAAUACAUUUAUUUGCCUUAUGUACAACAUUUUGAUCAAAUCAUUGAAUCAAAUAAACAGUAUGUAAUAUUAACGAGAAAAAUGCACAUAUACACUGUUUACAGGCAGUGAAUUUAUUAUAUGACCAGUACCAAUGUGCAUCUUAAAUGACCUUAUCUAGAAAGACAGAAUAUUGUUUCACAAAACAGACCUUAAUUCAACACUUCAUCAAGCAUUUCUUGAGUAUUUUAUGAAAUAAUUCCUGCUGUAACAGUGUUUAUAUGCAGUUUUUGCCUUUGUUCUUUUGUCUCUUUUGGUCUUUAGAUUUUUCAGAUGUUAAAUUGUUUAAUCACAUAUUAAACUGUUUAAUCAAUGUUAUGGUUUGCCUGCUACUGUUCAUAUACAUUUCAUGAAAUAAAUAUAAAACUUAUGAAUGAC